AUGAGACCGUUUCUCUCGUGCUCCGUGUUCGUCAGACAAGUAUUCAGGUCAUUUUACACUUCGAAUCUCUCGUUUUCGACACAAACACCUGAAUACCCAGAACCAUGUUGUUUACAGAGGGUUUACUACUACUCACAGGAUGGCGGCUCAAAAGAUUCAUGGAGGAGACAUCGUCGAGAUGCAGGGUGACGAGAUGACCAGGAUUAUCUGGGACCUUAUCAAGGAGAAGCUCAUUCUCCCGUACGUCGACCUGAACGUCCACUUCUUCGACCUUGGAAUCGAGCACCGUGACGCCACCAACGACCAGGGUAAGUGAACGACAGACAAACCACGCUGUAGUCUUUAUCACACAAUUAUCUCUAUUCCAGUCACCAUCGAUGCCGCUAACGCGACUCUCAAGUACAACGUGGCCGUCAAGUGCGCCACCAUCACCCCGGAUGAGGCCCGCGUCGAAGAGUUCAAGCUCAAGAAAAUGUGGAAGUCGCCGAACGGAACCAUCCGUAAUAUCCUCGGAGGAACCGUCUUCCGCGAGCCAAUCAUCGUCAAGAACGUGCCACGUCUCGUCAACACCUGGUCCAAGCCAAUCAUAAUCGGCCGUCACGCUCACGCCGACCAGUACAAGGCCACUGACUUCGUCGUUCCAGGACCAGGAAAGCUGGAGAUCAAGUUCGUGUCUGCCGACGGAACCGAGACUAUCCAGGAGACGGUCUUCGACUUCAAGGGGCCGGGAGUUUCCCUCUCCAUGUACAACACCGACGACUCGAUCCGUGACUUCGCUCACGCUUCCUUCAAGUACGCUCUCCAGCGCAAGUUCCCACUCUACUUGUCCACCAAGAACACGAUCCUGAAGAAGUACGACGGACGCUUCAAGGACAUCUUCGCCGAGAUCUACCCCGAGUAUGAGGCUCAAUUCAAGGCCGCCGGAAUCUGGUACGAGCACCGUCUCAUCGACGAUAUGGUCGCCCAGGCCAUGAAGAGCGACGGAGGAUUCGUGUGGGCUUGCAAGAACUACGACGGAGAUGUCCAGUCAGACUCUGUCGCUCAGGGCUACGGAUCUCUCGGUCUGAUGACCUCGGUGUUGGUGUGCCCAGACGGAAAGACGGUCGAAGCUGAGGCCGCCCACGGAACUGUCACCCGUCACUACAGACAGCACCAGAAGGGACAGGAGACCUCCACCAACCCAAUCGGUAAAUUUAGAACGCAUUCAAUUCGACCAAGAAAUUCUAAUUUUCUCUCUUCCAGCUUCGAUCUACGCCUGGACCCGCGGAUUGUCUCACCGUGCCCAGCUUGACAGCAAUGCCGCCCUCGAGCGAUUCGCCAACAACCUCGAGGCCACUUGCAUCGAGACCAUGGAAGCCGGCUUCCUGACGAAGGAUCUCGCCAUCUGCGUGAAGGGAGGAAACGCCUCCGCCGUCGUCCGCUCCGAUUACCUGAACACCUUCGAAUUCCUCGACAAGCUGGCCGAGAACCUGGCCAAGAAGCAAGCCCAGUAG